GGAGCGGGGACAGCUCCGGUGCUGAUCGCGACGCGGGUUUGCCAGCAGACCCGGGCGGGCGGCGGCAGCGGCUGUUCGCGUGCGCGAGCGAGCGGCGAGCGGCAGCGGAGCGAGCGGCGGGCCGCGCCCGACCAUGAGGCACGAAGCGCCCGUGCAGAUGUCAUCGGCUCAAGAUUCCAGAUAUGGCCAGAAAGAUACGUCUGACCAGAACUUUGAUUACAUGUUCAAACUACUCAUUAUUGGCAACAGCAGUGUUGGGAAAACCUCCUUUUUGUUCCGAUAUGCUGAUGAUUCCUUUACGUCUGCAUUUGUAAGCACGGUUGGAAUUGAUUUCAAAGUAAAAACGGUUUUCAAAAAUGAAAAAAGAAUUAAGCUACAGAUUUGGGACACAGCAGGUCAGGAGAGAUACAGAACUAUUACCACUGCUUACUACCGGGGUGCAAUGGGCUUCAUUUUAAUGUAUGACAUCACAAAUGAAGAAUCUUUCAAUGCUGUGCAGGACUGGUCAACUCAAAUCAAAACCUACUCUUGGGAUAAUGCCCAGGUUAUUUUGGUUGGUAACAAGUGUGACAUGGAGGAUGAACGGGUAAUCUUCACUGAGAGAGGCAAACAUUUAGCAGAGCAGCUUGGAUUUGAAUUUUUUGAAACAAGUGCCAAGGACAACAUUAAUGUCAAGCAGACGUUUGAGCGACUCGUGGACAUCAUCUGUGACAAAAUGUCGGAAAGUCUGGAGACGGAUCCCGCCAUUGCUGCCAGCAAGCAGAACACUCGGCUAAAGGACACCCCCCCUCCACAGCAGCCCAACUGCGGCUGUUAGUCCCGCUAUCAGCAAAGGCAGCUCCAGUGUGUUUGGUUGCCAACAGAGUAUUUAUGAAUGGUCUAUAUGCCUUUAUUUAUACUGUCUUAUUAAUUUAUUUGGGAGCAAAGUCUUUUAUUUUACAUCAGCAGCUGGUCGAGUAUGCAUAUGGAGUUGGAGAGGUUAUUAGUUUGAAAGGACGAUGCAUUUUUUAGCAUCUGGCUUUUGCAUGCAGGAUAGCUGUUAGUUUCUCUUUUCUUUUUACUGUUUUGCAUUACAAUUAUUUCAGCUGGUGCCAUGUCCUCAGACCGCUUUUGCCUGGAAUUGGCUCUUGCUUCAUCAGUUUCAAAUUAUAUAGUUGAAUCCUUAGGGUAGUGGCCAAGGUGUUUUAGAAUAAGCUUCCUGAUGCUACUUUUAUUUUUGCCUGACUGAAAAUCAAUGUAGACAUAUUCCUCUAGUGAGUCAAUCACUUAUUCUGUCCAGAUCAUUUGAAUAAGGGACAUUUUCUGAGCAUGUUGCCUUGGCAAAUCUACACGCAUCAUGUUAUACAUCACAGCUGGCUAGAAAUUACAGAAGUCGGAAAGAAGUUAGCUAGUAGACCCAAAGCCACCAAGCUUUCCUAUAAGUUUCCAACUGGAUGUAGGUGUUCAGUGCAGACCCUCGGAGAUAUUAGGUACUUCAUCCUGUUUGGAUAGCUAGUAUGUUUACAUUUCCACACAAGAUGCAUGCCUUUCUGAAAUUGGACUUAAUUUCUCAUUCCAUCAUUACAGAGAUCCCGGUAGUACCUACCCCAGCAGUGGAUGGCUGACUAGCUCUUUUCAUUUCUCCCUGCAUGAGAAAUGCAUUAAACACACAGUUCUUUAUUAUACCUGACAGAGCCAAAUCCAUUACACCUGGUUGUUCAUAGCCAAAAACUGUCUUGUCUUGCUGCUGUCAAACAUACAUCUUUACGUUUUCAGGAAUUUCAUCUCCCUUUCGGUCACUGAGACAACCAUCACUACACUGGCUACAAACACCUAUAUUUUACUCAGACCUAUUGCAGAAGUGUUGCUGGUGUCAGCUGGUGUUUGAUGUCAUUUUUACUUUGAUGAGGCUAUCUAUUUUGACAAGACUAUCAGAAUUUCAUAAGAUUUUUAAGAACUUUAAUAAAUUGUCAACAUUUCUGGAGUUAGGCUGAGUACAUUCAUAAGAUCAGCAAAAGGCAUUGAACAUAGCAGAAUAAUGUAAGCAAAUUCCUGUUUAAUAAAGUGCUCAAAAUAGCCAUAUUUCACAGUAUUUAAAAGUA